AUGGCACGAAACGACCCCGGCCCCGAUGGUCGAGUCCAUCGCACGCGAAUCGCCGACCAAACCAUCGAAGUUGUACGCAAACAACAAAUCUGGGAUCGAGUCAACCGACGCACAUACGACCUGAAACCGUCUCUCGAAUACAUGCUUAAGAAGACGACGGUGUACAUGCCUGACGAUUUCGGGUCCUCUUUUUAUAGCCCCUCUGGCUCUUCAUCGUCCCUGCGUUGGCUUGCACUUAGCACAGCGGGUGUGAAGAGGGACAUGCCGGGAGGAAUCGGCGUAUUGAAUUUCGCCAGUGCCACUAAGCCUGGCGGUGGGUGGAGGAAUGGAGCGCGCGCUCAAGAAGAGAGCAUAGCGCGGAGUUCGACGUUGUGGAAGAGCUUGGAGGGGUCCAAUGCUCAGCCAUUCUAUGAGCUUCAUAAAAGCAUCGAAGCCAGCUGGGCGAAUGCUGCGAGAGGCGGGGGCCGAAUCGGAAUUGGGAAAGGACCUGGGUGGUACACCAAUGCGAUGGUUUGGAGUCCCAGAGUAGUAGUGUUCAAGAACGACGACGGGAACUUGGUGCGGGAGAUCGAAGUGGACGUCGUAACCAGCUGCGCGGUGAAUGCAAAGGUGGUGUCAUCGCAGGCUGGCAACAGUGCGGCUACAUGGUAUUCUCAUAAUCAGCCAAUCCCGCAACCUCAUCCUGGUUAUUCCUUUCCCACUUGGAGCCCACACUACUCGCAUCCCCAGCGUUUGCCACCUCAACAAGCAGUGGACCUCAAUGGCCUUCUCUACAUCGCCAUGAAGCACCGAAUGACACGGAUCCUUGCCCUUUUCGAAUCCAAAGGCACCACCAACCUCGUCUUGGGUGCUUUUGGAACAGGGGUAUUCGGGAACGACGUUCAAAUGGUGGUACAAAUAUGGAGAGAGCUGCUGCUGGAUCGUGACGCGAGGUUUAGGUGGUCAUUUGAGAACGUAGUUUUCGCAGUGAGGGACGAGAGAACACUGGACAUCUUCCGGAGGGGCUUCGGGGAUUAUGGCCAGGGCUCAAGGGGCGGCGGGGGCAGGGCUGUUACUAGGCCCGGGAGAGGGUGA